CAUGCAGGUGAUGACUCAGGAUGCAGCCAGAGGCCACAACGUGCACAGAAGACCGCAUCCAGCAUGCCCUGGAGCGCUGCCUGCAUGGGCUCAGCCUCAGCCGCCGCUCUGCGUCCUGGUCAGCUGGGCUGUGUUUGAACUGCUGGAGCCUACAGGAGCUGGUCAGCAGGGACCCCGGACACUUCCUCAUCCUCCUGGAGCAGAUCCUACAGAAGACCCACCAGGUCCAAGAGACAGGUACCUAUGACCUCCUCGCCCCUCUGGCUCUGCUCUUCUAUUCCACGGUCCUCUGUACACCACAUUUUCCACCAGAGUCGGAUCUCCUUCUGAAGGCAGCCAAAACCUACCACCAGUUCCUCACAUGGCCCGUUCCCUACUGCAGCAUCUGCCAGGAACUGCUCACCUUCAUUGACGCUGAGCUCAAGGCUCCAGGAAUCUCCUACCAGCGACUGGUGAGAGCCGAGCAGGGCCUGUCCAUCAGGAGUCACCGCAGCUCCACCAUCACUGUGCUGUUGCUGAACCCCAUGGAGGUGCAGGCUGAGUUCCUGGCCGUGGCAGACCAGCUGAGCACACCUGGCCACUCGCCCCACCACGCCUACACCACCCUCCUCCUGCAUGCCUUCCAGGCCACCUUUGGAGCCCACUGCGACCUCCCCAACCUGCACCACAGGCUUCAGUCCAAGACCCUAGCAGAGCUGGAAGACAUCUUCACAGAGACAGCAGAGGCCCAGGAACUGGCAUCUGGCCUGCGGGACCCAGCCGAGGCCCGGCAGUGGCUCAGGACCAAGCUGCAGGCAGUAGGAGAAAAAGCUGGCUUACCCAGAGUCUUAGACACUGCAAAACCGGGCAUGCUCCACACCAUCCCCAUCCCUGUGGCCAGGUGCUACACCUACAGCUGGAGCCAGGACAGCUUUGACAUCCUCCAGGAAAUCCUACUCAAGGAGCAAGAGCUGCUGCAGCCAGGGGUCCUGGGGGAUGAUGAAGAAGAAGAGGAAGAGGAGGAGGUGGAGGAGGAGGAGGAGGAGGAGGACUUGGAAACGGAUGGGCAUUGUGCUGAGAGGGACUCGCUUCUUUCCACCAGCUCCUUGGUGUCCGGUGACUCCACCUUGUCACUGGCUUUCCCCCAGGCCUCAGGGCCAGCGCUCUCUCGACACCUGCUGACUUCCUUCGUGUCGGGCCUCUCCGAUGGCAUGGACAGUGGCUAUGUUGAAGACAGUGAGGAAAGUUCCUCAGAAGGGCCAAAGAGAAACACCAGCCAUGAACACCACAGCCACCGCAGGCCCAAGCAGAAAUUUCACAGGAUCUAUAAACUUUUCAAAAGCACUAGUCAGUUGGUUCUGCGGAGGGAUUCUCAGAGCCUGGAGAGUGGCUCAGACAUGCCACUGCCCCUCAGGAGGGCAGAGAGCCUCUGCAGCCCACUGGACUGCACCACAGAGCUCCCUUCCCGAGCCCAGCGCUCCCACUCCCUGCCCCAGCCCAGGCUCAGCACCCAGCUUCCCAGCUGGCUCCUGGCCCCAGCUUCCCACCACCAGCGCCGCCGCCCCUUCCUGAGUGGGGAUGAGGACCCCAAGGCUUCCACACUCCGAGUUGUGGUCUUUGGCUCCGAUCGCAUCUCUGGGAAGGUAGCUCGGGCAUACAGCAAUCUCCGGCGGCUGGAGAACAAUCGCCCACUGCUCACACGGUUCUUCAAGCUUCAGUUCUUUUAUGUGCCUGUGAAGCGAAGCCAGAGGACCAGCCCAGCCCCUCGGAGCCAGCCAUCUCCCUUCCCCAUGGACUCCCCAAAGCACCCCUGUCCUGCGGAGCUAGGCCCAGCUCCCCGGGAGGACAGCACCAAUGACAUCUCCCGCUACCUCGGCAUGCUUGACCCGUGGUAUGAGCGUAACGUUUUGGGCCUCAUGCACUUGCCGCCGGAAGUCCUGUGCCAGCAGUCCCUGAAGGUGGAAUCCCCGCCCCUGGAGGGCUCCUCUGCCCAGCUGCCCAUCCUGGCAGACAUGCUGCUCUACUAUUGCCGCUUUGCCGCCCGGCCGGUGCUGCUGCAGGUCUAUCAGGCAGAGCUGACCUUUGUCUCUGGGGAGAAGACUUCAGAGAUCUUCAUCCACUCCCUGGAGCUGGGUCACUCAGCUGCUACUCGAGCUAUCAAGGCCUCAGGUCCUGGCAGCAAGCGACUGGGCAUCGAUGGCGACCGGGAGGCCGUCCCUCUAACACUACGGAUUAUUUACAGCAAGGGAUCCAUCAGUGGCCGUAGCCGCUGGAGCAACCUGGAGAAGGUCUGUACCUCCGUCAACCUCAACAAGGCCUGCCUGCUGGAGGAUCUAGACUCCAGCAUGGAGGCCCUGACACUAACCCUGACAGAAGUAGUGAAAAGGCAGAACCCCAAAUCCAAGAAGGGCUUUAACCAGAUUAGCACAUCACAGAUUAAAGUGGACAAGGUGCAAAUCAUCGGCUCCAACGGCUGCCCCUUCGCUGUGUGUCUGGAUCAGGAUGAGAGAAAGAUCCUACAGAGUGUGGUCAGGUGUGAGGUGUCAGCCUGCUACAAGCCAGAGAAGAGCAGCCCAUCACCCCAGAUGUCCCCUGACCUGCCUGCCCAGGCCAUGCCUGACCUCUGCUCCCUUCUCUGCCUGCCUAUCAUGACUUUCAGCGGAGCUCUGCCCUAGCAUGGCCCUGGCACCAGACUGAAUAGGAAGCACUGUGUGGCUUCUUCUAGACCUCUAUCCAGGGCAGCUGCAUUCAGUGGAGGACUGAGUGGCCCUGUGUUCGGUCAGGGUCCCUUUGUGGGCAUCAGUGAUCUUGGCAGGAAAUGAGCAUCAGGGCAGAGGCCUGGCUACUUGGCCUGACAAGUUCCACACAGCAGAAGGAAAGGGAAUAGGGAGUUGACCUGUGAGGGAAGGUCAGAGGCUCUGGGCCUCCAGCUAUGGGGUAGGCCUCCUCUUCCAGCCUUUGGUUGGUUGGUGGCACCCUUACUGGGUCAAGAACCCAAGGACUCUGUGUCUGGAGUUCAGUCUUCUCUACUCUGGGGCUCAAGUGGGAGAAAUGUGUGUGAGGUUUCUUUCUUGACCUCCAAUGCCAUCUUUCCACCCCCACCCCCACCCCCAAGUGUGUGCACACAUACAGACACACUUUCUUGCUCUCAACUACCCUGGAUCCUCCAGAACACAGCACUAGCAUCUGACCUGUCUACUACCAGAAUUUGUUAUAGAGUCUCUUGAGCCCCUCUCUGGCUUCCCGGUCCUGGAGAGACAGGAUAGGCUCACACUCAAUAGCAGCUCAGUUACCAUCUAACUAAGGGGCCAAAAGAUGUUAGUAAACUAUCUUGAGCCCCUAUUUCCUCAGCACUAAAAUAGGAGGGAAAAUAAGUUCCUCUUAAAAGGUCCACAAGCAGCCAGGCACCAGUGGCUCAUGCCUGUAAUCCUAGCUUUUCAAGAAGCUGAGAUCUGAGGAUUGUAGUUCAAAGCCAGCCUGGGCAGGAAAGUCUGUAAGACUCUUUCACCAACUAA